AUGUACCUACUGAGCGAUUCUAGAGACACCGUUUUGUUGUUUGACCACACAUCUGGAGUCUCUCUCGCCCCUCCCGACACAGCUGACAGUGCGACUCGCUCACAGUGGCUUACCCGUGACGCUGCUGCUCGCCUAGCCGUUCGCAACCACCUGCCGUUAGCCAAACACGCUCACUUUGGCCAGCACAAGACUGCUAAAGUCCUGUACGACGCUGUAGUAGCUCGUUGCUCCUCCCCUGCCACUACUGCUCUCGGCCGCCUUAUAUUGCCCUACCUUUUUCCCAAGCUGUCAGCCUUUGCCACAUUCAAUGUCCUCAUCACCCACCUUCGCACUAGCGACACUUGCUACCUCGCCGCACUUAAAGCCGAGUUCCUAGACAAGAACCCACCCCCGAUAUACAUCACUCUCUACUUUAUUGUCACUCGCCUCCCUGACUCUCUUCGCGCAGUCAGGGACCACUUUCUCGCCCUCGACCCCACAGACCUCACUGUAGACCUGUUCGAGGAGCGCCUUCUUGUAGGUAAAACUAGCAUCGUCGCUGUAGGUGCUUCUCGUGGCACUCCUCGCACUCCCUUCUUUGAGGGGUGUUCCCCCUCCCCCCUUUACCCCUCUGUCGCUUCUGCUGCUGCUGUUGACUUCCUUGGUGCUGAGGAGGCGGUGGUGGAGGCGGUGGGGGCGGUGGAGGUGGCGGUGGUGGCGGUGGGAGUGGAGGCUUCGGUGGCGGUGGUGGUGGCAGCAGUGGGAGUGGUGGUGGUGGUGGUGGCAGCAGUGGGAGUGGUGGCGGCGGCAGUAGUGACGGUCGGGGUGGAGCCAUUCGGAAAUGCGGUUCUGCAGGCGGCCAGAGGUAGUAGCAGCAGCGUCCGCGCGAGACCCUUACGCCCCAGCAGCUUCGUGAGUGGUUUGCUCAGCGUGGGGCGUCUGAGGGUAUUGUUUGCUGCCCGUACGUUAUUCGCACAGGUGAUCGGGCUGGCCACAUGCGGGAAGGUUGGUCAUUUGGAGUACCGCUGCUUCUCCCGUUUUGACGACGCCUUGCGUGCUGAAUUUAACGACGAGGCUGAGCUCCCCCGCUGGCGCGACCUGCUUAGGAACAAUGUGAAUAUCUUUGCUCUUGACUUUGAUGCUAUCCUUGCUAACAUGUAUGCUUUGACUGUUAAUGCUGAGGGUGAUUGUUGCCUGUGUGUGCCGCCCGACCCGGAUAUAGAGGCUGCUGCUCUAGGUGCUAGUGAGUCUGCUCUCUCUAGUACUGCGCCUGCUGAGGCCUUGCACACCUUCACACUUGACUCAGUUAUUGCACGCUCCUCCACUGUUCUCCCGUGUCCGGCGGUUCCGUCUGGCUCACUGUCAGGUCUUCACCUCCCCUCGUUCUCUACGAACUUGGUGAGUACCACUGCCCUCCGGGAUGCGAUGGUCACUACCAACACUCCGGGGGGUCAGCGUGUGACGAUCUGCGCGUGUACUCAGACGGGCCGUCACCUAGCCACGUUCACCCGUCAACCAGGGCCGAGUUUGUACACACUGACUACUGAGCUUGAUCAAGUGGCUGCGUCAGGUCAGGUAGCAGCGCCCUGUUCGUGUCGCCACCUCUCGCACCAGACUCUCCUUUGGCACCACCGCCUUGGUCACCCCUCCGUAUCACGCCUCGGUGGUAUGCACUCCCGCCUCCUUGUCCCUGGUCUACCCAAGUCUCCGCCCCCCCUCCCGCGCUCGCCUGCCCCGCCCUGCCUUCCUUGCGUCGAGGGUCGGGAGCUCGCCGCUCCUCACUCCUUCUCGCUUCCCCCGACAGAUGCUCCCCUGCAGACUCUCCAUAUGGACGUGUGGGGCCCCGCCCACGUCCGUGGACAGGACCGCGAGCGAUACUUUCUGCUGGUUGUUGACGAUUAUUCGCGUUACACCAUAGUCUUCCCCUUGCGCAGCAAUGGGGAGGUCCCUGAUGUAUUGAUUCCUUGGAUUCGCGCUGUCCGUCUUCAGCUUCGCAAGCGGUUCCACCAAGACCUUCCUGUUCUGCGUCUGCACUCUGACAGAGGUGGUGAGUUCUGCGCUGUUCUGCGUCUGGACUUUUGUCAUGGGGAGGGCAUCCUCCAGUUGUUCACGCUUCCGGCCUCCCCACAGCAGAAUGGGAUUGCUGAGCGCCGCAUUGGCUUAGUCAUGGAGGUGGCUCGUACCUCCAUGAUCCAUGCGGCUGCUCCCCAUUUUCUGUGGCCGUUUGCGGUCCGGUACGCUGCGCAUCAGCUCAACCUCUGGCCCCGUGUCUCCUUGCCGGAGACCUCGCCCACAUUGCGUUGGACGGGGAAGGUUGGCGAUGCGUCGGUGUUCCGGGUCUGGGGCUCUCGUGCCUUUGUCCACAAUACCUGCGCGUACAAGCUCUCCUCCCGCGCCAUUCCCUGUGUCUUCCUUGGCUUUCCCCCUGACGCGCCUAGCUGGCAGUUUUACCACCCCACCUCGCGCCGUGUCCUGUCCUCUCAGGACGUCACGUUUGACGAGUCGGUUCCCUUUACCGUCUCUUCCCCAACAGCACUGCCCCUCUUCCCCCCCUCCCCCUGCCGCUCUUCCUCGCUCCAGGUCCCCCUCCGCCCAUUGGUGUCGACUCUAGUGCUGUUGGGGGUGGUGCUGCUGGGGGUGUGGAGCCUGAGGGUGCAAAGCCGAGGGGGUGCUGAGCCUGAGGGUGCGGAGUUCGGAUGUGCUGAGCCUGAGGGUGCGGAGCCUGGGGGUGCUGAGCCUGAGGGUGCGGAGCCUGGGGGUGCUGGGUCUAGCCGGCGGGAGCCUCUCUCACCACAGCAGCUGCGCGAGUGGUUUGCUCAGCGCACCCGCCUUCGGAGUGGCGCUGCUGAAGCUGGAGCUCAUGCUGCUGGAGGCACUGACGCUGGAGGCGGUGGAGCUGCUAGUCCCGGAGGUGCUGGAGGUACAACUGGUGCUGGAGGCGCUAGAGGUGGAGGUACCGGAGGUGCUGGAGCUGAUGGUCCUAGAGGUGAUCGUAAUGGAGGUACUGGAGCUGCCGGAGAUGGUGGUGCCCUAGCUGGAGGCGCUGGAGCUGGAGGAGCUAGAGCUGCUAGUCUUGGAGGUGCUGGAGCGGCAAGAGCUGGUGAUGCUGCUUGUGCUAGAGGUGCUGGAGGCACUGGAGCUGGAGGUCCUGGUGCUGGAGGUGCUGGUGCUAGAGGCGUUGGAGUUGGAGGUUCUGGAGCUGCUGGAGGCGCUGGAGCUGCUGGUACUCGUACUGGAGGUACUGGAGGUGCUGGUGCUGGAGGAGCUGGAGCUGGUGGUACUGCACAGCGGCGACCGUUCUUUGCUCCGUCGUCACCAUCGUCUUUGCCACCGCCUGACUCCAUGCUUCGCCAGGUUCUUAGCCUCCUGUCUUCUACCGGCCUUACUCCUCCCUUCCUGUAUCCACCGCCUGACCAGUCGCAGCCACGGCUACAGCCAGCAUCCCCACUGCCUGCUCCUUCUCCUUACACUGAGCAGACAGACUCGCUUACAGAGCGUCGUGAGCCUGCGUCUCGUCCUGUUCGCCUGUUCGUGCUGUUCGCACUGGUCCCCGUGUUCCUCGUCCCCCUCCUCCUCCUGUCCCCGGCACUCACACUAUGGCACUUCGUCCUUCCUCUGUUCCACAGCGUGUCCCCCUGCCGUCUCCUCCUGCGUCCUCUCUUCCGCACGUUCCGGACCCUGACUUCUGCUGUCUGUCGUCUCGACUACGCCACUAGUCUUGUUGCUGAGUCUGAGUCUGACUGUCCUCCGUCUGUCGGGGGUGAGUGUGCUCUUGGCACGGACGUCCUUGAGGACAGGCAGGAGGACUUUGAGUGUCUUGCAGCUGCUGUACCUCAUCUCGUGGCCAUGCUGCUUGCACUCGAGGGAGACCCGGAUGCACUGAACAUCCCGACCCCGCGCUCUUACGCAGAGGCGAUUACGGGUCCCUACUCCUCUCAGUGGCAGACAGCCAUGGACGCAGAGAUGGCAUCCUGGAAGUCCACAUGCACUUAA